GGCUCGGGUUCGGGGCUCGGUGCGCGUGGCCGGCCGGGCUUGGCUUGCGGGAGACCGCGGAGUAGGGACCAGCGGGCCAUGCGGGGCAAAGGGUUGGUUUUUGGGGAGUGGUGUUUAUUAGCCGCCACUGCCCUAGUUUAAAGCCCUGCUUUUUUGGGUUUUGUGCACAAAUUGCAGCUUUUUACUGGAUUUUUGGGAUGUCACGGCGAUUUAGUGCUGGGUGUUAGAGGUGAUCCUUGGCGAGGUCGUGGGGAGCCCCUGCAGCACCUGCUGGGCGAUGGCAGCGAGGCUGUGUCUGGGGGUGGGACGGGGAAACGAAACGUGACUGAGAUCCUGUUUGGAUGUUCUGCUGAAGUUGUCAUGUUUCUGUUCUGUACACCAGUACAUACAGCAAGUUGAUAAACCUGGUUUUAGGAUUUCGUGAUGCAGACAUAGACCGGUGUGACCUGGUUUAGCAAAGAAUGUUUGGGAUAGCCCAAGCAACCUGCUCCAAUGUACCCCCCUUGGCAGGCUCAUCUUUUUCGCUGUUGCAGAUAUUCUAGUAUGGGAAUAAUGGUGGGGUAUUACAGGCCCAAAGCCAGAAGUGUUUUCAAAAGAGUAAAGAUCUAAGUAGGCAGGUAGGUAGGGUGGGAGAAUCACCUUUUGGAUGAAAGUCAGGAGCCCACAUGGAUUCUCAGUUUUUUGUAAUACCGUAGGUAGAAAGAUGGCCAUAGAAUUUGGAUUUUUUAAAAGCGUAUUUUAGCUGAAGCAAUAGCGUGGAAAGCAGUCUUAUGGUCACUCCUAGGAUCCAUCGUCGCAUCCUGGAUUUUAAUAGUUGGGGUCUAUUUUAAACGGAACACGUAUGUGUGUCUUCUGCUUUAUCUUGAGACAACCCUGAGUCAUGCUUUCUAGAAGUUCCGAGAGCUCACGUGUCUGUUUGUCUCUGCGAACGCUGGACAUCAUUUUACCUUUUUCUCACGGCAACUGCGGUGGGAUCUCCGGGAAAGGAAGGAGGGCCGGGACAGAGUGGGAACACAGACUGGUCCUCACCUGCAUGUUUGUCCACCUACUUAAAUUUUGGUGAUGCUGCGAGUAGUAAAGGGCGGUCUCCUCAGGUUCUCACAGUCCUCUGCUGGCAUGCUGCACGUGAAUCCAGAGCUCCACUCCUCACUGCCCUGUCGGCCAGUUUUACCUCCAUUGUGUUUAAACGGUGUGGUUACUUUUGGGAAGGUCAUAAUACCCAUUUUGGUGGAAACUGAGGGAAAGUAGAAUUUUAUGAUUUUUGACUCUGACAGCACUUUAGCUGGAGAGUAUAUAUUCUUCUGGUUUGAUGCUGUCAGAAGAUUCAUAAUUUCUUGUAGGACUUUCUCCUUUUUGCCUACAUUUCCUUUCUUCUGGCCCACGAGGUUGAGAAGGGGUUUAGUUAGUGGUAAUUUAGCUUUAUAAUCCCAUUAUCCUUGUGCGCUUGGCUACUUGUGCUGGCCUGUAUGUGGAUGUUAACUCUGAAGGCGCCAGGAGAUGCCACUGAACCAAUUACUAUAAAAAGUAUUUCACUUUCAAACUCCCACGUUCCCAAGAACAGAGAAACUCAGUACAAAGGCAGCUUGGAAGAGUUCCCUGGCUCCUGAGCUCUGAGGACGCAGUGCUGGAGCAGAUGGAUAAUGGGGACUGGGGCUAUAUGAUGAGUGACCCAGUCACGUUAAAUGUAGGUGGACACUUGUACACGACAUCUCUUACCACGUUGACACGCUACCCGGAUUCUAUGCUUGGAGCUAUGUUUGGGGGUGACUUCCCCACAGCCCGAGACCCUCAAGGCAAUUACUUCAUUGAUCGAGACGGACCGCUCUUCCGCUAUGUCCUCAACUUCCUACGGACUUCAGAACUGACACUCCCUCUGGACUUUAAGGAGUUUGAUCUGCUUCGGAAAGAGGCUGAUUUCUACCAGAUCGAACCCUUGAUCCAGUGUCUGAAUGACCCCAGGCCUCUGUAUCCUAUGGAUACGUUUGAGGAAGUCGUAGAGCUCUCUAGUACUCGGAAGCUUUCUAAAUAUUCCAAUCCAGUGGCCGUGAUCAUAACCCAGUUAACCAUCACCACGAAGGUCCAUUCCUUACUAGAAGGCAUCUCAAACUAUUUCACCAAGUGGAAUAAGCACAUGAUGGACACCAGAGACUGCCAGGUCUCCUUCACCUUUGGACCGUGCGAUUACCACCAGGAAGUCUCUCUCCGGGUCCAUCUGAUGGAGUACAUCACGAAACAAGGUUUCACGAUCCGCAAUACCCGGGUGCAUCACAUGAGCGAGCGGGCCAAUGAGAACACCGUAGAGCACAACUGGACUUUCUGUAGACUAGCCCGCAAGACGGACGACUGACUGCUGGCCAGCCCUCAGAGAACUUCCGCAAGCUCACGUUUUGGGACAUGGAAGAGACUGUUGUUGGUUUUUAGUGUGGGCCCUCUUUUUUUUUAUUAUUAUUUUUUGAUUCAGUAUUUGUAUUUAUUUGAAGGCAUUGAGGAGCAGAAGGAAGUCUUGUGUGUGCGCAGUCUCCUUCCUGUUUUGUUCCCAAGUAUGCAUGUGCCUGUUCAGAGUCUCUAGAAACCUUUUUUAUAAAAAGAGAUCUGAAAAUCAGUAUGGUAUAUAAUCUACCCUUAACAGUGCUAAAAUGAUUUCUGAUAAUGUGGUUCCUGACUCAACUGGAAGGCUAAAAACAGGAAUAAAAGAUUAAAGAGGGUAUUCAUGAUGUCUUUGAGAAAAAUCAGAAUAUCAUGUAGGGCGACCUAGUUUCCAGACCAGUAGGCAGUGUUGUGGAGUUAAAGGAAGACCGGCCCGGUCUUCUGAGGGUACUUGGUAAGGACUGCUUUCUACAGUUUUGACAACUGUUUCUUUCUAUGCAUACGAAUCAAGCAACCAAAUAUCUGUAGCCAUGGAAAUGUCUGACUAGAAAUAUUUAUAUUGGAUUCUCAAUACAAAAUGUCCCUGUGGUAGAAACCUUAUGCCUGGUACAGUUUCAUUCCCAAGGUACUGUCUACCAGGAAAGAAAAAUCUAAUAAAAAAUGGAAUAUGAAUAUUAA